CUGUGGUUCUGUACUAGCAUUGUCAGACAACGAAAGGCAGAGGCUAAGAUAACAGUUCUCAAACUGGUCGAGGUUGAAGGGGAAUUUUCCAAACGAGUACAUCCGCUAGCAUGCAGCCAUCUUGGCGAUUGCCCGGUGCACGGCGUAGUAAUUCAAGAUGCUUGAGAACGCUCUUACUGUUCGUUGUUUUCUGUGCAGCCGCCUUUUUUGGGGGGUGGGUGUGUAUGUAUUACUACUUGUCAGAAAACAGAACCGAAUCACUGGAAGAGCCCGCUGAGCUCUUUGUUGCACCCCCAGCUCCAACACCACAGGUGGAAAAAGACCCGGAUGAAGUCUGUUACCUCCACGCCACAGGGCUUGGCCGUCACGGAAAUCUCAUGUUUGAAUAUGCCGCUGCAAUGUGCAUUGCCUCCGAACUCGACAGAACCUUGAUUGUGUCUUACCGGUUUAAUGAGCUACUGGGCUCGAUGUUUGAUCUUUCCGCCCCCGAUCCUGGUGCUUUUAAAAAAGUCAAUAUAAGCAGUUUUAAAACUGUUAAGCAAUCCCCAAGGUGCUGCUCUUUCGAUAAGAAAUUACUGUCACUGCCCAGGGUAGACAUCACGCUUGUUGGGUUUUUUCACUCAUGGUUAUACUUUGAUAAAUGUCAAGAGCGAAUCAAAGCAGAGUUUGAAUUUAAGGAAUCUAUCGUGCACCAGGCCGACGACUUACUUGUUAAAGCCGCCAGAAGUUUUGGAUGGGACCGUGUUAAGGACUCUGUCUUGUUUGUUGGGAUCCACGUCCGUAGAGGAGAGAGAAAAUCAGUAAACCCCCUUCCCCAUGGGGACGCCAACGCAGAUGAAAGUUACUUUAAGAAGGCAAUGAGUUUUUACGACGGGCAAUAUCGUGAUAGGAACAUAGUGUAUAUCGUUGUUUCUGACAGUAGUAAAACUGCAGGAUUCGUUGUUCAGCACCCACACGCAGCUGUUAUCGACGACAAACCCGUUGAGGUUCAUAUGGCGGUUCUUUCACGAUGUAAUCAUAGCAUCAUAAGUGUAGGGGCACUUGGGUGGUGGACGGCGUUUUUGGCCGGGGGAACAGUGGUAUAUUAUAACGGCUGGCCAGAUCCUACAAGCUCAGUGUCCGCGUUGUACAGACUUAACCAAUAUUUCUAUCCGAAAUGGAUCGGUAUGUCAUAAUAAUCCUAGUUUUAAUACUUAAAAGCUAUUUGACUUGAUUGGACUAGUUUUGAAAGGGUUCUGAUAAUUAUUGUCACGAAAUACUCCAUGAAACAAAACUUUACCGGAUUUCUAAAUCUUGAACUGUGUCUAUAUGUACACUCACCAAAAAAGUUUGGAAGCAUCGUAAUUUUGAAUAAUUAUAAAUAACCACAUGAGCUAAGGUAAACAUUUAAACCAAAUAUUGAUGGAUAACGCACCCAACAUUCGUUAGUCCUACUUUUAAUUUUGUUUGCAAGGAAAGGAAUUCUUUUGAAAUUACAACGACAUAUAAAAAUGGGGGAUCAAAAUUCAUUUUCAAAAAUCAGGCAGAAGAAGACAGAAACUUUGAGCGAGUCUUGACAGUAAACAGUAAAGAUAUUUAUCGAAGGCAUACAGUAUGUAGGCUUCAGUUAAGAUAAAGACUUGAGGUUGCUCAGCAUCAGUUUCGUGUGAAACCUCCAAGAGCAUCAACCCAGGCCUGGCAUCUGUGGUGUAUGCUGCAGAUAAAUCUGUUGCUGAGGUCAGGUAACUUCAGACAAACAUUCCAAUGCCUCUAACUUUGAAGACGGCAUCAGUUUCCUUUAUUGGUGUAUUGUAAGCUGUUAUAUUGCCUUGCUACCUCUUAUUUCGUAUUGGGAUUAUUAAAACUCUUAGGAUAUUUUGUUUCUCUAUUGUUUUCUACGAAUAGAACUGCAUUUGGGAGUAAAAUGAUGAGUACAUCUUAUGUGUUACUAACCUCCACCAUCUUUUUUGGUUUGAGUAGUUUUAUUUUCAGAAUUAU